UUGUUCAAUGCACACCAGGGUUCAACUUCAUACUGCUCACCUUGUCCGUUAGGCUGCGCAAUAACUCAACACCUCACUCUCUCUGGUUUUCUGAAACGGCGACGUUCUCACUCGAUCAAUCGGAUCUUGCUUUUUCGUUGUUGGGUCAAUCCGAUUCCAAGCGAAAAAUGGUAGCUGCUGUCGACUCAUUCACCGCCAACACUUACGAAGAGGCUCGCAACCAACGCCUUGAAGAAAACAAAAGGAAGUUCCAGGAUUUGGGAAUUUCAAACAUUUCGAAGACUUUGACCCACUUGACUGCUUCUCCGAACAAGUCCCAGAAACGUGUUUCAAGACCCAAGGCAAAAAAUACCUGUUUUGAUUUAGAGCCAAGACGGUCUUCCCGUCAACGCAACCCAAUCCAAUCGUAUCGUGAUGAUGUUGACAUAGGCCUGCCAACUUUGAGGAAAGGGUCAAGGAAAACUUCAUCUUCAUGGGGAAGCUACCUUGCAAGGCCUAUAGAGGAAGUCAGAGCUGCUUCUUAUGAAGAAAGGAGUGCUGCUUUUAAAGCUGCAGAGAAGCUUCAAGAGAAUCUACAGACUGAGAAUCCAUCUUUUGUCAAAUCGAUGGUUCGGUCUCAUGUUUAUAGCUGUUUCUGGUUGGGGCUUCCUUCAAAAUUUUGCGAGGAUCAUCUCUCAAAAACGGGGUCGGAAAUGGUACUAGAGGAUGAAGAUGGCAAUGAGUAUGAUGCUGUCUACAUUGGCAAGAGAGCUGGGCUUAGUGGGGGCUGGAGAGGGUUUGCUUUGGAACACAAGUUGGAUGAUGGUGAUGCGCUUGUGUUUGAACUGACUGAACCCGCAAGAUUUAAGAUCUACAUAGUUAAGGCAUACCCCAUGCCGAGUCUAGAAAGUUUCAAAAACAAUGUGGACAAAGAAGAGAUUACCAGUGCUGAAAAGACAUCAAAGGCAGCCAUGAAGACUGAACCAGAAUCAAAUCAGAAACGAAGGUCAAAGAGAGGUAUUGUGCCUGAGAUGGAUGAGUCUCAAACUUCCCCAGAGUCAGAACCAAAUCAGAAACGAAGGUCGAAGAGAGGUACUGUGCCUGCAAUGGUUGACACAAAAACUUCCCCAGACUCGGAAUCGAUUCAGAAACGAAGGUCAGAGAGAGGUGUUGUGCUCGUGAUGGAAGACUCAAAAACUUCCCCAGUCUUGGAACCAAAUCAGAGACGAAGGUCAAAGAGAGGUAUGGUGCCUGAGAUGGAUGACACAAAAACUUCCCCAGACUCAGAACCAAAUCAGAAACGAAGGUCAAAGAGAGGUACUGUGCCUACAAUGGUUGACACAAAAACUUCCCCAGACUCGGAAUCAAUUCAGAAACGAAGGUCAGAGAGAGUUGUUGUGCCUAUGAUGGAAGACUCAAAAACUACCCCUGUCUUGGAACUAAAUCAGAGACGAAGGUCAAAGAGAGGUAUGGUGCCUGUAAUGGAUGACACAAAAGCUUCCCCAGACUCAGAAUUGAAACAGAAACAAAAGUCAAAGAGAGGUAUCGUGCCCGAAAUGGAUGACACAAAAACUUCUCCAAAGGUUCUGCCAGAUAGCCCCAAAGGUCAAGAAAUCGAACAGGAAGUCAGCCCGAUGAAGAAGAAUGAAGUUGCUCCUAAACAAAUUAGAAAGAAAGCUAAAGCAAACAGAGUUCGUAGCACAGAAAAUCCAGAAGGUUGUGAAGUACAGGAAGCAAGCACAGAAAGUCCAGAAGGUUGUCUAGUCAAACAGGAAGCAAGCACAGCUGAGACGGAUAGUAGAGUUGUUAAAGAUGAGAAGGAAUGCGUAGCUAGGAAACCCAGAAAGAAAGUUGUAAAGGAAAGGCUUUUCCGAAAGAGAGCAUAGCGGUAGAAGGCUUCAUAACUUGUUUGACAUCCCAGCCUUCGGUUUACGAAACAAUGACGGACUUCAAAAUCUGUUCGCAGUGUACUUACUCCAUUUCUUCAUGUUUUUAACUUUUUAACUUUUU